AUGAAAGCUAUUUACUACGUGGGAGCAAUAGUAGCUUUGGCCCUAGUUGUAUCGGCCAAACAACAAGGAUCGCCUAAGGAUAGAAGAUAUACGUUGCCUACCGUAGGGCCAUAUAAGCCUCCUGCAGGUACACAACACCAUAAUGGAAAUCACGGCAAACCAAACAACCAUCAUAAUAGACCUACUACCAAACCAUACAACCCUGCACCAAAACCCUAUAACCCUGCUCAGAAACCAUAUAAGCCUGCUGUACCUUUUAAACCUGCUCAAAAACCAUAUAAGCCUGAUGUAAAUCCCAAGCCCUAUAAGCCUGCUCAAAAACCAUAUAAACCCGCUGUAAAUCCCAAGCCCUAUAAUCCCGCUCAGAAACCAUAUAAGCCUGCUGUACCUUACAAACCUGCCCAAAAACCAUAUAAGCCCGCUGUAAACCCCAAAGCCUUAUAA